AACAAACAAAACAACACUAAAAUGACAAUCAAGAGCCAGGACGUCUCGAGGGACCCUAACGAGGCCCGGCAAAAGUCACUCGAGAUUGAUAAGACCCUGAAGAGGGAAUCGACCAACACAUCUGUGUUUAAGAUCCUGCUGUUGGGCUCAUCAGACUCGGGCAAGUCCACAAUGUUCAAACAGAUGAAGAUCAUCCAGGAGAACGGUGGCUACACAGAGUCAGAGUUGAUUGCCAAUCGAGGCCUCAUCUAUGACAACAUCGUCAGUCUAAUGCAUCUGCUGCUCGAGGCCAUGUACAAUGAUCGCGGCAGCAACUACGAGCUGGGCACCGACGACCUUAUGUACUUUGAGGAUCCGGCACACUUUGAGCGUGCGGUGCGUGUCAAGCAUGCCCACGCCCUCCUUCGCGCCGGCCAAGCCAUUGCCAGUUGGACACUCAUCAUCCAAGACAUCAUGACCCUCUGGCAGACCAACGAGAUACAGCAUCAAUACACCAUCAGAGAGAAUGGUGGUCUAGGCUCUUCACAAUAUCAACUCAAUGAUUCAGCUUCAUACUUCCUCAACAACCUAGAUGCGUACUCAACAGAGACGUUCAUACCGACCGAACAGGAUAUACUUAGAGUACGAACAAAGACAACAAGUGUCAAAGAAGCUGAAUAUGUGUUCAGAGGUCUACGAUUCAUGAUGGUCGAUGUUGGAGGACAGAAGAGCCAUCGAAGAAAGUGGAUACAAUGCUUUGAUGGAGUGUCAGCGGUGUUGUUUGUGUCCUCGCUUAGUUCGUAUGACCAGGUACUCGAGGAGGAUGGCAAGACGAAUAGGUUGGAGGACUCGCUGACACUGUUCAAAGAGAUUGUCAACUCGACAUGUUCAAGAAGAGCGCGAUGGUAUUGUUCUUGA